GAGAAGGAUGGCUACUGGACCACCAGUACGGUCUGAACCAGAGUUAGAUCCACCAGUAGAGUUUGGUACAAUAAUGGAUCCUGUUCAUGGAUCCAUACAACUUGAUAAAUAUUUGUUUAAGAUUAUUGAUAGACCAGAGUUCCAGAGACUGAGGAAGAUCAAACAAUUUGCUGGAGUAUAUUAUGUGUAUCCUGGUGGUGUUCACACAAGAUUUGAGCACUCCAUUGGUGUUUGUUAUAUUGCUGGUAAACUGGUUGAUGCACUGAACGAGCACCCUAGGCCUACUAAAACUGAUAAGAGGCUGUGGAUCACAAAAGAAGAAAAAAUAUGCAUACAAAUUGCUGCACUAUGUCAUGACAUUGGGCAUGGGUCAUUUUCUCACCUUUAUGAUUUUGCUGUUGAGGAAAAAUUAAGUGAUGAUGAGAAAAAAAAUGAGUUGUCACCCCAUGAGUACAGAUCAGCUGAAAUCAUUAAAAAUAUGAUGAACUCUAAUUUGAUAAAGGAAUUAAGAAAAUUUAAAGGCAGCGUUGAAGCUUUUACUUCUGAUGAAGAGUACUUUAAGCUAGUAAAAAGAAUUAUUACAUUUGACAAAGAUUGCAAGAAGCUUCCAAAGGCUAUCAGCAAAAGAAAAGAAGAAAUUCGAAAACUUGUAGAUGUAUUUGGUGAAGAAAAAUCUUAUUUAUUUGAAAUUGUUGCUAAUGGAUUCACUGGUAUUGAUGUUGAUAAAAUGGACUACUUUGCCCGUGAUGCCCGUGGUGUGGGACUGCCUAACAAUUUUGAUUGGAGGUGGUAUACACAAACUGCUAAAAUUUUGGAAUGUGAUGAUGGAUUUCAUCAUAUCUGCUCUAGAGAAAAAGAUGCACUCAAUCUUUAUGAGCUAUUUCAUACAAGGAACCUGCUGCACCGCACUGUGUACUGGCACAAGACAGUUGCAGUCAUACAGGAGAUGAUGUUACUUGCUUUAGUUGAAGCUAACAAAUAUAUUCAAGUCAAUGGUAGACCAUUACUUGAAUGUUGGGAAGAUAAGGAAUCCUUUCAAUUGCUUGAUGAUACAAUUGAAGAUUUCAUAGUGAAGAAAACUGAAAAUAGAGAUGGAAAAAUACAAAUAGCUAUGCAUGCAGUUGAUGGAGCUAAUGACACGGCAAGGGAUUAUUUUCUGAAAAUCAAGGAAAGAAAAAUAUGGAAAUUUGUUGGACGUCAACAGAAUCCUAAAGAAGAAGAUAUAGCAAUUUGUGUCGCUGAUCAACAGAAUCCUAAAGAAAAAGAUAUAGCAAUUCAUGUCACUGAUCAACAGAAUCCUAAAGAAGAAGAUAUAGCAAUUCGUGUCACUGAUCAACAGAAUCCUAAAGAAGAAAUUAUAGCAAUUUGCGUAGCUGAGAAUGAAAUCUCCAGAAAAAAAAUUAAAGACAAUUUAAAGUCAAUCAAAACAAAAUUUAACUAUGGAAUGGGAGAAGAUGAUCCAAUACAGUUUCAUUACUUUUAUGGCAAAAUGUAUCCAACACAUCCGUUUCAUCUUGAUAAGGAUGAA